UGUCAUUUAGCGCCAAAGUUGAGCAGUGAGAGGAGGAAAAAUGGAUGUUUCUCACAAAAUAAAGACGAAGGUUUCCACCGGGUUCAAGAUGAGAGGCCUUAUUCUUCGACCUGAAGCCAGCAGGUAUCUGGUGGAGGUUCUGGAGUCGGUGGAUUCCUCUGAACUGGAUGAUGUUGUUGAAAAGGUUCUGGACGCAGUGGAGAAGCAGCCAUUGACCUCUAACAUGAUCGAGCUGUCUGUGGUGGAAAGCGCCGUUCAGGACUGCACUCAGGCCGGGGAUGACACCAUAGACAACAUGUUCAACAUCAUCGGAGCUUUUGACGUUCCCAGAUACAUUUACAGUGUGGAGAGGAAGAAAUUUGUACCGAUCAGCAUGACGAGCCACCCGGCGCCCGGUCUGUGCGGUUUGGCCAGAGAUAAAGCUGAGCUCUUCAGGGAGCGCUACACCAUCUUACAGCAGCGUACGCAUCGCCAUGAGCUGUUCACGCCGCCGGCCAUCGGAGCUGCUGUGGUGGAAGGUCAAAACAAGUUUCAGCUGAGGACGAUUGAAGCGUUGCUCGGCAGCACAGCUAAACUGGGAGAGGUGAUUGUACUGGGAAUGAUCACACAGCUGAAAGAGGGUAAAUUUUACCUGGAGGACCCGAGUGGGACAGUACAGCUGGACAUGUCCAAAGCACAGUUUCAUAAUGGUCUGUACACAGAGUCCUGCUUUGUGCUGGCAGAAGGUUGGUACGAAGACUUGGUGUUCCACGUUAACGGCUUUGGAUUCCCCCCAACAGAGCCUUCGUCUGCUACAAGGGCGUACUACGGCAACAUAAACUUCUUCGGCGGUCCGUCCUCCACCUCGGUUAAAGCUUCGUCCAAGCUGAAGCAGCUGGAGGAGGAGAACGAAGACGCCAUGUUUGUGAUCGUCUCUGACGUCUGGCUGGACAGCGUGGAAGUGAUGGAGAAGCUCAACGUCAUGUUCUCAGGAUAUGCUGCUCUGCCUCCAACCUGCUUCAUCUUUUGUGGAAACUUUUCUUCUGCUCCUUAUGGAAAAACUCAGAUUAAAUCCCUCAGAGAAUCAUUAAAGACCCUGGCUGAUAUCAUCUGUUCGUAUCCCAGCAUUCAUAGCAGCAGUCGCUUUGUGUUUGUUCCUGGCCCGGAGGACCCCGGCCCCGGCACCAUCCUGCCCAGGCCGCCGCUGGCAGAUCACAUCACACAGGACUUCCAGCAGAGGGUCCCUGGCUCCGUGUUUACAACCAACCCAUGCAGGAUUCAAUACUGCAGCCAAGAGAUCGUCAUCAUGCGAGAAGAUCUGGUCAACAAGAUGUGCAGGAACUGCGUCCGGCUGCCCAACAGUAACCUCGAUAUCCCAAAUCAUUUUGUGAAGACCGUCCUGUCGCAGGGCCACCUGACUCCUCUUCCUCUCUACGUCAGUCCGGUUUUCUGGGCCUAUGACUACUCCCUGCGGGUCUACCCCGUGCCCGACGUCAUCGUGUUUGCAGACAAGUACGACCCGUUCUCCAUCUCCAGCACCGACUGCCUGUGUCUCAACCCGGGCUCGUUUCCUAGAAGCGGUUUCACGUUCAAGGUGUACUACCCAUCCAACAGAACUGUUGAAGACAGCAAACUUCAAGGACUUUAAGGAAAAUCCUUAAAGUCCUUUAAGGACUUCCAAACAGCUCCAAGCUUCCAAACAGGCAGCUUGGAAACCUGCCUGUUUCCAAGCCUUUGUAUAUUCCACUUGUAAAAUAAUAAUAAUGCAUUUUGAAUUUGGAUAGUAAUCAAAUACCUGAUUUUUAUGUUUGUUGUGUCUAAAUAAAAGUUUUAUUCACUGAAAUUA